AGCCAGUGAGCCUGGCCUGGCCUGCCUUGCUCUUGCCAGUUUACUUCCCUGCUCUGGAACUUGGUUUGCUCCUUAGGUUAAAGAAGAACCUUAGUUCUGGUUCUAGAAGGGUGAUGAGUUAGGAAUCCACAUCUCGGGAGGAUUCAGAUAACUUGAUCACUUUAUCGACUUGGUCAGAUAAACAGAUAAAGCUCUAGGUAACCAACCCAGGUGGCUACCAUAUGCAAAUGAAUGAACUGUGGCUUUCUUUCUGGUUGGAUGAAGGGGCCCUGAUGUCACAAUUCUAGGGUUUCUCUGCUCUGAAUGAUCAUGUCUCUAGCCAAAACUAUUUAUUGACCUGGGGAAGAAAAUGGUAGAGAGUGGCCUUCAGUCUGGAGACUUUUCCCUGUCCCAGUCAUGGUCCACCUACCUCCCACCAACAGCCGACGUGGAGAUCCUGCAGCAGAAGGUGACCGGGGUGCAACGCGAGCUGGAGGACUUUAAGAAAGAGGCAUUGAAGUCCAUCCAUUACCUUGAAGACGCCUUCUGCAAGAUGAAUGGAGCCCUGGUGCAGCAGGAGGAGCAGGCAGCUCGCGUGAAGCAGCGGCUCCGGGAGGAGGAGGACCGUGGCAUCGUACGUAACAAGGUCCUCACCUUCCUGCUGCCACGUGAGAAACAGCUCCGGGAGCACUGCAAGCGGCUGGAGGGCCUGCUGCUGGACAGGGGCCGCGAUGCCCCAUGUGCCGCCAAGAAGAGCCAGGCUGACUGAGCCUCAGGGGUAGCACUAGCCAAGCACCAAGUAGAAGAUUUUUUUUUAAUGGAAGGACAAACCCCAAGUCCCCACCCACCUGCUUUCCUUUCCUCAUUUUCAUUGCUUUCCUUCUACCUAAAUAACACCUUGCUGAGAGGCAAAAAGACUUCAAUAUGUUGUUUUGGUGAAAUUCCAUUUAUCCAGCAUGCUCAAGAAGGGAGGCAGCCGAGUACUAAGUCAGGCCCCUGUAACUUUCAGUUGAACCGGUCUCCUGUUUGUAAUGGUAAUAUUGCUCACUGAAUACCGUUUUUUCGCACAAUUUAUUCUUAAACUGAUUGUGUUGAAAA